AUGCGGCCGGUCUCUCAGCUUUUGGUACUCCUGGCGUUGGUACUUGGCACGGCGGCCAGAUCGUAUCAUCGCCGUGAACAACACACCCAGAUCCUCAAAGACCCCGGGGAGCGGCAUGAGACUGGAGGAACAAACAAGUAUAUCAUCGAGGUCGAGAAGGGUACGAGACUUGGGACUCUUUCAAAGAGAUUUGAAGAGGAAUCCCAAGCCAAUGGCACUUACUACAAGGAGUUUGAUUGCAGUGAUGUGUUCUCCGGUCUCACCAUUGAGUCAAAGACCGACAACGUCGACUCGCUGCUCUCAAUUGAGGGAGUCGUCAACGUCUGGCCCUUGAGAUCUGUGCCGAUGGCGCCGCUGGCGAAGAGGAGAAAACUGUCGGGUAAUAUGAAACAUCCAAACACCUCUGCUCACCACUGGACCGGAGUGGAUAAGCUGCACAAGGCUGGAAUCAGAGGCAAGGGCGCGACCGUGGCAGUGAUUGACACUGGGAUCGAUUACACCCACAAGGCGCUUGGUGGCUGCUUUGGGCCUGGGUGCAAGGUCUCUGGAGGAUACGACCUUGUCGGGGCAGACUGGGACUCUCACGAAGAGAUGCAUUUUCCUAAGAGGCCGGACGAUGAUCCGAGAGACUUCUAUGGACAUGGAACGCACGUUGCGGGCAUAAUUGCUGGAAAGAGCGACUGGUUUACUGGAGUAGCACCUGAUGCCGACCUCCUCAUAUAUAAAGUGUUUUCUGAUGAUCCAUUGGACACCGACGAGGAGGUCCUCAUUCAAGCCUUCUGUGAUGCGUACAGCGCCGGUGCCGAUAUCAUCACGGCAAGCAUUGGUAGGCCUAAUGGUUUUGUGGACAAUCCAUGGGCGUUGGUUGCCAGCCGCCUUGUCCAGCGAGGCAUUGUUGUCACAAUAUCGGCUGGCAACGAGGGCUACACAGGCCCCAUCUACUCCAGCAGCGGCUCGAACGGAGAUGGAGUCAUCUCUGUGGCUGCAGUCAAUGCCACCGGAAACACCAACGAUACUGUGGAUUCCAGACCGGUUGCCGCUUACUUUAGCACUUGGGGUCCUACCAACGAGCUGCUCCUGAAACCGGACAUCGCCGCACCUGGCUUCGACAUUGUCAGCACAGUGUUGGACGGGGAGUAUGAAGAAAUGAGCGGGACGAGCAUGGCCGCGCCGUACAUCGCUGGAGUCGCCGCCCUCUGGGUUGGCAAGUAUGGCGGCAGGGCUGUUCAUGGGCCUCAGACCGCCAAGCUGGUCUCGGAGCGCAUCACAACCAGUGGAAGCAGCGUUGCCUGGAGUGCAGAUAUUGUCCGCUUCAACCAAACGGCCCCUCCGUUCCAGGUUGGAACUGGACUAGUCAACGCUUUCAAGGUCCUACAUUAUGACACGCAGAUAAGUGCGAAGCCAUUCUCUCUCCUGGAUACAGAGUCAUUCCAGCCCGACUGGACGGCAAAUAUUACCAACCGGGGAAAUAUCAGCGUCACCUAUACUUUUGAAGUCGAGCCUCAAUCCGGAAUGGAGCUUUUGGAUAGCUAUUACGGCAUCAAAACAUUAUUUGAACUCACCCCCAUAAGCAUCGUCCCCAAUAUCACCCUUCCCAAGCCAAUCACGGUUCCGCCCAUGAAGACCAAGACAGCCGAAUUUUCCUUUCAGCUCCCCAAGGUUAAUGAUGAGCUCCUACCACUCUAUGGUGGAAAGAUAUGGUUCAAAGGGAGUAAUGGGGAAAGCCUGUCUGUCCCCUAUGGCGGUGCGGCUUACGACACCGAAAAGGAGUUUGACUCCAUGUUCGCAACUCAGCCGUAUAUAAACGAAUUUGAGAACGAUUGGAAGUGGAGUUUCAACACCAACGUGAGGCCGUACGACUUCGUGGAGCUGUCUGCCCGCCUCCGGUAUCCCUGCUCUCACCUCCGAUGGGAUAUUUUCUCUCGGUAUUGGGAUGAGCGCAGUUGGGUUCUGCCCACUGUCCCCGGGGAGAAUGGCUACAUAGGCUCAGCGACUACGUUCCGGGACGCCGACAUGUUCUGGUACUUUGACCCAAAGCGCAUGGAUAAGGAGGACACGAUCCCCUUCCCCAUUAUGCGGGUUCCGAGAGGUUAUGGGAGCUACUGGUGGUUUGGCAAGUUGGCCAACGGGUCGUACAUCAGGCCGGGAAAUUAUACGAUGCGAUUCGCGGCGUUGAGACCGUACGGGAACCCCAACCUCACAGAUCACUGGGAUAUCAUGGGCCAAGAUGCGCUAUCAUUCGAAGUUCUACCAAUGAACACUACAAGAAAUUCGACCAGACUAAUCAGGCAUGCCUACACAUAA